AUGAUGCCAACGAAACCUGGUGUCGCUGGUUUUAAGAGCACGAGUGCUGCGCAAAAGAGUGAUACCACCACCACCGCGCGGGAUCGAGAUCGUAAGCAUCAAAGACCGUACGAUUUAAUCGUGUUCGGCGCGACUGGCUUUACCGGCGCCUUAGCGGCGAAGUACUUGGCGAAGAAAGACGACAACGUUCGAUACGCGCUCGCCGGUCGAGACUUGGAGAAGCUGCAAAAAAUCGCGAACAAAAGUACGAGCGAGGAGAGCGAACGUCGUUCCGUCGAUGUGUACGCCGGUUCUACGCCGGAAGAACUGCGAGAAAUAACCGAGAAAGCGAACGUCGUUUUAUCCUUCGCCGGCCCGUUCGCCAAGUUUGGCUUCGCUUUGACCGAAGCGUGCGUGGCGACGAAAACGCACUAUUGCGACAUCACGGGAGAACCACCGUUUAUACGGAAAUGCGUGGAACAGUUACACGAGAAAGCGAAGAGAGAGAAGACGUGCGUGGUGAAUUGCGUCGGGUACGACUCGAUACCGUGGGAUUUAGGCGCGUGGGCGGUGGCGGAGUCGUUCAAAGCGGACGGGUUCGAGUGCGUGAGAGCGGAAGCGCACGCGGGGAAAAGUAAAGGCGGGGUGAGCGGGGGGACGAUUGCGAGCGCGGCUGGAGUCAUCGCGGAGAACUCAAUGGCGGAUUUGAAGAAGAUGGGGGAUCCGUUUUAUUGCGUUCCGGAGCUGUGUCGAGACGGAGAGAGACCGUUGAAGAGAGAGAUCAAAGAGAAUUGGCGUUUGCAAGGCGACGCGAGGUUGGACGAGGCGACGGGGAAGUACACGAUGCCGUCGAUUAUGGCCGGAAUUAACUCGAAAGUCGUCGCGAGGAGUUACUCGUUACUCCGCGAUAAGGAUAAAGAGAACGCGUGUUUCGCGGAGGAUUUCAGUUACGGCGAAAGCGAUUUUUGUAAAGACGAAUCCAAAGCGAAUUGGGGCGCGAGAGGGAUUAAAACGUUCGGGGUUCUCUUCGCCAUUCCGCCGACGAGGUGGUUGUUGAGAAAAACGGUCUUACCUGCGCCGGGCCAAGGACCGAACGAAGAUAUUUUAGAGAACGGGUACUCCAACGUUUACGUCGUUGGACACGGACGAGAUAAGAACGACGCGAGCAGCAAAGUCGAGCCGAGGGUGGCGCACUUUGAAUUUAAAAACGCGGACCCGGGGUAUAAAGGUACCGCCGCGCUCGCGGUUGAAGCCGCCUUGUGUUUGAGCUUAUCCGAUAAAGCGCCGGGGUUGAAAAUGGGCGGAUGUUUAACGCCGAGCGUAGCGUUGGGGGAAACUUUGAUCGAGCGGUUACGCGACGCGCCGAAUUUCUCCUUCUCCGUAUCCGCUUUGAAGGGAAAGGAGUUGAAAGUUUAA